UCUUCCAUUAGUGCCUUGAUACCAUUUCUUAUCCUGCACUCCUUUCCCUCUCUCUUUCAAUCUCUCUCCGCCAAUUAUCCUGCGCACCUACUCUCUCCUCUUCCCAAACCCAAACACUUACAGCUCACAGAGACACAAACCCAUCAACAUUUCCACCAUUAUCACACUUUUCACUGAGCUUAAAAGGUCUGUAAAUCAUCAACAAACAUGUCUGCUUCAUCUUCAACUUUGUGGAGCAGAGAAGAAGAGAAAACCUUUGAAAAUGCCAUUGCCCUUCACUGUACAGAGGAAGAGAACUCCAAUGAGCAAUGGGACAAGAUUGCUUCAAUGGUUCCAAGUAAAACAAUUGAAGAGUUGAAACAACACUACCAAGUUCUAGUUGAAGAUGUGAGUGCAAUUGAGGCUGGACAUGUUCCUAUUCCAAAUUACAUUGGAGAGGAGCCAUCUUCAUCAUCAUCUUCUAAGAAUAUUCAUGGCUUUUCUGGGGUCACAGCUCCCGAAAGGCGGUCGGGUUGCGGUUAUGGAAAUGGGUUCUCAGGUUUAGGCCAUGACUCAAGUGGUCAUGGAGGGAAAGGAGGCUCAAGGUCAGAGCAAGAGCGCAGGAAAGGGAUACCAUGGACAGAGGAAGAGCAUAGGUUAUUUUUGCUUGGCCUUGACAAGUUUGGGAAAGGAGAUUGGAGAAGCAUUUCAAGGAACUUUGUCAUAUCCAGGACUCCAACCCAAGUGGCAAGCCAUGCCCAGAAAUACUUCAUUAGGCUGAACUCAAUGAACAGAGAUAGGAGGAGAUCUAGCAUCCAUGACAUUACAAACUUGAACAAUGGAGAUGUUUCUUCUCACCAGGCACCGAUCACCGGCCAAUCCACCACCACGAACCCCUCAAAUGCAGCCACCCUUGGACCAGCAGGGAAGCAUAGGAGCCACCCUAAUAUGCCUGCUUUGGGCAUGUAUGGUGCACCAGUAGGGCAUCCCGUUGCUGCCCCUCCCGGGCACAUUGCAUCAGCAGUUGGGACUCCUGUUAUGCUUCCUCCUGGACAUCACUUCCCAUAUGUUGGGCCAGUGGCAUACCCCAUGGCACCACCUCCAACAAUGCACUGAUAAUGAUUCUCCCACUAUCCUCUCUCCUUUGACAUCACAGUAAUGAGAACUUGGUGCAAUUGGCCGUCUCUUUUUUUUUUAAAAAAGUCACAAUGCAAUUGGAUUUGAACAUGGAAAGGAAUUAAGAAAAAGGCUCAUCUUCAAAGAACAGCAGAGCUACAUUGCCAACCAAAUGGUUUUUUGUUGAAUAUUUUUACUGCAUUAGUGUACUUUGUAUAUACCAGACUUUUAAAUCUGCAUUCUAAUGGCUUUUCAUUGUUGGUAUUGCUGGUAUAAAUGUAAACAGGGACUUUGGAAUGUUUUUAUUUUCCAUUCCUUCUUGAUGAUCAUCAACUACUAGAUAUUGAAUGCAAAAGAAUUUAUGGUUUUGAUUUGAUUUGAUUGGAAUGAUUGAAUCUUGUCAAUUCCUUUUGACUAUCACAACAACUUUUAACAUGGGAAUCAGUGUUUCCUAAUUCUCAAGUUGACUUAACCCCCAUUAAUCUCAUCAGUGAGUUUGCUGUUUUCCUGAAUAUGAGAAGAAUGCAAGCCAAUCCAAUGCCUCUUCUUUAACUCGUGAACUUUAUCAUACCAAAAAGUAGUUUGGUGCAUGAAAUUCUUGUUACUAUUGGAGUCUGUAAAGGAUGUAUGGAAAAUAAAGAAGGUCAGCAGUUACCUAAAUCAUAGACUUGAUUCACGGCUUAAUGUAUUGCAUUGUAAUAGCCAGACAUGUUUAUUGAAAUGAACUGGCACCCUAUAUAUAUGGGUGUUGUCCUUGUAUCAAUACAA